AUGGCCGAGCCUCCCCAGACUGACGUUUCCCGUCCCUCGGCAUUGCCCACAGCCAAGUUACUACAGCGCCCCGCUUUUAAUCAAGCUCUCGUCGAUCAGAACUCAGAUGAAUAUCUUGAUGCAAUCGAGGAGGAGUGGAACAAGAAACUAGAUGCUGAAGUGGAUAUAUUGGUUGAUGGUAUGGUCGAUAUCGUUAGUCUCGCAUCGAUCGGAGACAAGGACAAGUUUCGAAUCGCACAAGAAUCAUUCCAGGCUGAGUCUCGCGCCGAGUCUAUGGUCCGUGCAGCUAAUUCGCUGUUGUCCAUAACACAUUCCUUGAAGUUGCUGCUUCUCUUGUCUGACGAGGCUCAAAUCGCUCACCGUCGGGAUGCAGAACUCAAGCACGUACAACAGGAGAAGAAUGAAGCUCGUCGGAAAGUCGCCGAACUUCUCGAUCAGUUGAUGAAUUCAAAAGGCGAAUCGUCACAGUGA